AUGGCGUCCCACCCAGGUGGCCAUGAUGCCCGCGGAAAUGCACGGCCCGCGAACCUACCAGACGAUGCCGCACGCACGCAUCGUGACCCGGACAAGACGGGUACCCCACGAGACUCCUGUCGCCCCUUGGCUGCAGAGCCGCGACCUAUACCUGCCACAUUGGCACGCAUACCCAGCAACGAUGGACGCGCGCCGAGACCGAGGGCAGGAGAGUUGCAUCGUCGCCGCAGUCAAGUUCUCUACUCGGCAGCUGGCGGCGAAUCAAGCGCGCGGGGAUCGGGCAUCCAGAAGUCAGCGGCUCGCCCUUCAGAGCAAGCAACGACGGUGCGGAAAUACGGCAGCCAGACGGAUUCGUACCGGCCUGGGGCGGCAGCCGCGGCGACGCGAGAGAGGAUGUAUAAAAUGCUACAAGCCGCUGCCAGCGAAGAAGACUUGGCCGCCUUGUCCCCAUCAACCACUCAAUUGAAUGCAGAUGACAAGCAAAAAGCUCCCAUGACGGCAACACGACCAAUCGCAAUACCGCGGACACGGCGAAAUGUGGAUGUGGAGAUGCUUGACGCCAGCAUGCCGCCUCCGCCUCCGACGACCCAGGGCAACGGAUCAAGCAGUGCUGUUCUAUCCAGAAGUUUGCCGUUGGAAGCGCGAGAUGAAGUGGGCGCACCGAGCCGCAACACAACAGGCGGCAGUGGCGGAGGCCUGAAGCGCAGCGCGAGCAAUAGCUCGCAGACGGUGACGAUUAUCGAGUGCCCGGUUCUCGAGGUGGACGAGCUGUGCGGCAACGACGAGGACCUGUCAUGGCUCAGCAAUGAUAAAGAGCUGGAGCAGAUGCUGGCCCUGGCUUCGUCGCAGCGGCGGACCGGCCGGUCGAGCCUGGCGUUCAAGCGGUCGCACGAGGCGGCCAUGCAGUGCUCGCAGGUGGUGCGCAACGUGCCGCGGAUGCGCAAGCGACGACACAGAAAGCUGGACCGCCGAAGACUAUCGCUGACGCUGUCGGAUGGCACAAUUUGUCAAUCAGAAGGCACCAUUUGCCUUUCGUCGUCGCCAUCACCGACGGCCACGCCAGUCGGUUGA